GAGAGGGCGCGGAGUUACUCGGAGUGGGGGUGGGACGUUCUCUUGCUGCCGGGGCAGCGGUUGCUGCUCUUUGUUGGGACCCUGUCGUUGCUGUGCGCCGGGUCGGAGCCUGCUGUCCGCACCGCCGGCGAGCUAGACGUCGCUCCGUCUCCUCUUCUCGCUAAACUGCCGGGGGGAUCUCCUCUGGCUCCUCGUCAAGCGCAAAGAUGCCGCGGAUAAUGAUCAAGGGAGGUGUCUGGAGGAACACGGAGGAUGAAAUUCUUAAAGCAGCGGUUAUGAAAUAUGGCAAAAACCAGUGGUCACGUAUUGCAUCACUGCUGCACCGGAAGUCAGCCAAACAAUGCAAAGCCAGAUGGUAUGAGUGGCUAGAUCCAAGUAUCAAGAAGACAGAAUGGUCAAGGGAGGAGGAAGAGAAGUUGCUCCACUUGGCAAAGCUCAUGCCAACCCAAUGGAGGACCAUUGCUCCAAUUAUUGGCAGAACAGCUGCCCAGUGCUUGGAACAUUAUGAAUAUCUUCUAGAUAAGGCUGCCCAGAGAGAUCAAGAAGAGGAAGCUGCUGAUGAUCCUCGAAAGCUGAAACCUGGUGAGAUUGAUCCAAACCCAGAGACUAAGCCAGCCAGGCCAGAUCCAGUCGAUAUGGAUGAAGAUGAACUUGAGAUGCUCUCUGAGGCUAGAGCUCGUUUGGCCAAUACUCAAGGCAAGAAAGCCAAGAGAAAAGCACGAGAAAAGCAGCUUGAAGAAGCCAGACGGCUAGCAGCACUUCAGAAACGCAGAGAAUUGCGAGCUGCUGGCAUAGAGAUACAGAAGAAAAGAAAAAAGAAGAGAGGAGUGGAUUAUAAUGCUGAAAUCCCCUUUGAAAAGAAACCUGCUCCGGGUUUUUAUGAUACCGCUGAGGAAAACUAUCAAACACUUGAACCAGACUUCAAAAGGCUCCGCCAGCAACAUCUGGAUGGAGAGCUAAGAUCUGAGAAAGAAGAAUCCGAGCAGAAGAAAGAUAAGCAGCGCCUGAAAAAGAAGAAGGAAUCUGAUUUGCCUUCUGCUAUAUUACAGAUCAGUGGUGUCUCUGAGUUUACUAAAAAAAGAAGUAAAUUAGUUCUUCCCGCACCACAGAUCUCUGAUGCCGAACUGGAAGAAGUGGUCAAAAUUGGUCAGGCGAGUGAAAUGGCCUGCCAAACUGUAGAAGAAUCUGGAAUGCCAAAUUCUGCCUCCAAUGCUCUUCUUUCUGAAUAUAACAUUGCCAACACUGGUUUGAGUUUGCGCACUGCACGGACUCCUGCAGCGCAGGAUCGUAUUCUUCAGGAAGCUCAAAAUCUAAUGGCACUGACGAAUGUUGAUACACCUUUAAAAGGUGGACUGAACACCCCUCUCCACGAAAGUGACUUUUCUGGAGUAACCCCGCAGCGACAGGUAGUUCAGACGCCAAAUACAGUCCUUGCAACACCUUUCAGGACUCCAACACAUGGGAGUGAUGGUUUGACUCCACGUAGUGGAAUGACACCUAAACCUGGUGUGGCAGUGACUCCUGGAAGGACUCCUUUACGAGAUAAAUUGAAUAUCAAUCCUGGAGAGGAAGUGGUGGAUUAUAAUGACCCUUCAUACACCAAGCAACUGGAAAGAGAGCACCGUGAACAACUACGGAUGGGUCUGCUGAAUCUUCCUACUCCAAAGAAUGAUUUUGAAAUUGUGCUGCCAGAAAAUGCAGAACGAGAGCUUGAGGACCAGGAGACAGAAGAUAACUUCAUAGAAGAUGCUGCUGAUGUGGAGUCUCGUAGGCAGGCAAUGAAAGAUGCUGAACGUGAAAGGGAGUUAAAAAAGAGACACCAGUCAGUACAACGAAAUUUUCCAAGACCUUCAGAGGUUAAUGAAACCAUCUUGCGUCCUCUGAAUGUUGAGCCACCUCUAACUGAAAUGCAGAAAGCUGAAGAGAUGGUGAAGAAAGAAAUGAUUAUCAUGCUUCACUAUGAUACAUUGCAUCAUCCAUAUGUGGAUCAGUUUAAUAAAAGAGGCAAAGGUGCAGGAUCAAGUUCUAGUAACGCUGAGCAUAUUGCUUUCCUGGAACACAACAGAUAUGAAAAAAUCAAUAAAGAAGAGAUGAAAAAGGCGAGUGAUCUGUUGACUCAGGAGAUGGAAGUUGUAAAACAUGGUAUGGGUCAUGGAGACCUUCCUCUUGAUGCAUACAACCAGGUGUGGGAGGAAUGUUACAGUCAGGUGCUGUAUCUGCCUGGGCAGAACAGAUAUACCCGUGCCAACCUGGCCAGCAAGAAGGAUCGAAUAGAAUCACUGGAAAAGAAACUGGAGACCAACAGAAAUCAUAUGACCACAGAGGCAAAACAGGCAGCAAAAAUGGAGAAAAAACUCAAGAUCCUACUUGGUGGCUAUCAAUCACGUGCUACAGGGCUUAUGAAACAGUUGAGCGAUCUGUGGGAUCAAAUUGAACAGGCACAUCUAGAAUUAUGCACCUUUGAGGAAUUGAAGAAGCAUGAAGAUAUUGCUAUUCCAAGAAGGCAAGAGUCUUUGAGGGAAGAUGUUGCACGACAACAGGAGAGAGAGAAGGAGCUCCAGCAAAGGUACGCGGACCUGCUUCUGGAAAAAGAAGGGCUUGUUGCAGCCAAGUAUUGAUAAGUGGAACAACCUCUGCUCUGCAUGCAUUUCACAUUGCUUUGUACAGUGAACUCCAUUUAAAAAGGUAUUUUCUGUGACAAUGAUGGUUAUAAAGGAAACUUCAAGAUGUCACCCUGUGCAAAUUGUACUAAGAAUUUUGCUGUAGUAUAUAUGGAUCCUUUGUAUAUUCCACAUGGAGAAUCUAAGUAAUAUAUGGAGUAGCAUUCUGUUUGUCAGUUCUGCAAGAAGAGAAAAUGUUAAGCUGGUCUACUGUCAAAGCUUCAAUAGUCAAAUAUUUUCUGAGCAUUUCUUAAUUGUAUGUUAAACUUAUGGAAAGGAGUGAUUUGUACUGUGAUUUGAGUAACAUUCUAAUAAAAUGUGAAAUUUGUUUA